GAAAAGUUGAACUCGUCUGCGCUCAGAAUCAGCUUUAAAGAUCUGCAUGAAGCCGCAUUCUUUUUGAUCAUAAGCUGUUCCAACUACAAGAGGAAUAAGCAGCUUGCGUGUUGCCUGUGGAGGAUGGUGACUGUGUUUUGAAUCUACAGGGACAACGACAACAACAACAACAAAAACGUCACUUUUUUUGAAUUUCUAAAGAUAAUUCAUCGUACUGAGGCAAACAUGCAGCAGCCUGAAAGUCAGCCAACAGUGGCAGAAGUAGUGGAUCCAGCAGCUCACUACCUGCGUCGGAGGAAAGCGGCUCUGUGGGUGACGGUGUCCCUGCUGGCUCUGGCUCUGGUGGUGCUGGCUGUGGGUCUGAUCUCGGCCACUCGCACAGACAACGUGCCCGUCGCUGGAUAUUACGCCGGCAUCACCCUGAGUUUUGGAGCUUUUCUGGGUAUUGUUGGUAUCCACCUGGUGGAAAACCGCAGAGCCAUGCUGGUGGCAGCGAUCAUAUUCAUCAGCAUCGGAGUCAUCGCCUCUUUCUUCUGUGCCAUUGUGGACGGGAUCAUCGCUUCAGAGUUCAUCGACAUAAGGCCCUUGCAGGAGGACAUGUGUGACUUCUACGCCAGUGGAGCCGGCUACGCCUACGACAGCUACUAUACUGAGGUGACGUGCCGUUCGUUUGACAAGGCGUGCAAGCUGAAGCUGAGGAGCAACACCUGCUACUGCUGCUACCUGUACAACUGUGCCAGCACAGAGUUCCACACACAAUACUACGCGUUCACCGGGGUCAGCAGCUGCUGGGACGUGAUCCACCUGCACCGCCUGCUGUGGGCCUCGGUGGUGCUCAACGUGCUCGGCUUGUUCCUGGGCAUCAUCACCGCCGCCAUGCUCGGAGCGUACAAGGACAUGCAGAAGCCGACUCCUCCGGUGGCUGCCAGCCCGACGCCGCCCCCCCACAUCCUGUACAACCCGACGCAGCACAUGGUCACCUACGCUGGCUUCUGCCCUUCAGGUCAAACGCUGCCCACCUACCCCAACUAUCCAAUGAGCAUGCAGCAUAACAGCAACUACCAGCCCCCUGCUACUCCGCAGAUGAUUCCUGAGGGAGGCACUGCCUCCAACUCCUGCCUGUCUGAGGAGAACCAGAGCCAGCAGCCCUCUCAGACUCAGCCACAGGGAGCCACCCAGGAGCCGGGGGGCUACAUGCUGACACCCAACGCUCCCGUCCUCUACGGAUCCGCCUACAGCCCCUUUGAGAAACCGCCACCGUACGCCUGCUGAGCCGUGAGACUGACACCUGGGGCGUGAUAGAGAAAUAAUAUCUUGAUCUGGUUGGACUGAACGUAGCACAAGACAUUUCAUGGGUGACCUUGUAGAUGGACCAGAGAGCUUCUCAACUACACUGUACUGAUAGAUAUGCUACAUUUCACGUGGUGGCACAUUAUAUAAAACACGAUUACGGUCUUUCAUGUGAAUUCAUUCAAGGAAACGGUUGGGAAAUAGGCUUUUUUUGUGGUUGCUUGCGUCUCGCGAGUUGCACGAGGAGAUCGAUACCUCUCAGCAGCCUGCUAACUGAGUUUAGCACAUUGACUGGAAACAGGGGGAGGGGGGGGGGCACCCACCAGAGCCCUUAAAUCUCACUAAUUAACACCAUAAAUCUCCAUAGUUUAAUCUGCACAGAAAGGUCUUUAACUGUGGACUAGAAAUAGAAGAUGCCAUCUCACCCUCAGCAAGAAAGCAAAAAAAGUGUAUUUCCUAAAACGUUUUUACGUAAACCUAAAGCCGGCCUUCAGAAGCUUCCAUAUUACAUGUGAAUAGGUGUAUCAUAGUAUCCUUGACCCGAUAGUUGUUUCUAUUCUAAUCUGCGUUGACUAAAGGUCGUCAUUGUCUCACUAUAUGCUAAAUACUGUAGGAGUAAUUACAAAAGGGCUUUCUUGAAAUGUGAAACUGAAAGUAAACUACGAUGAUGUUGCCGUUACUUCAUUAUGUAAGUGUUAAUCAUUUAAUGUGCACUUUAAAGUCAACACACUGUAUAUAUUAUUGAUGAUGCAUGUUAACUGCUGUGGGAUGGGAUGCCGUAGCUGCUAUAAAAUAAAUUAUGUACUAAAGAGGCACCUUUUAAGAAAUACAUAGUCACUGAUGCACAAAAAUAAAUGGGUAGGGCCUUCGUCAAAGUCUGUAUGAUAUUUUGGGAAAUGUGCUUAUUUGCUUACUCGCCCAGAGUUAACUGAUCAGAUUGACACCGGUCUCAAUGUUGUGGUAUCAAUCCGCUCAUGUCAAGAAUGUGAUGGAGCAUUUCCUAACAUGAUGAACUGUUCCACAUUUAAGAGUUUCACCAGUACUUCUUUUACUCCAGAACCAGGUGUUUUGAUAGUAUUGUUUCAGCUUUAAGAUGAACUAUACAUGUAGAUCACACAAUGUCUUCUUACAAAUAAAAAGUUACAUUCAUGAGGAUUACAAGUAUUUUGUUCAACUCAAUACAGUCAGAAGCUGU